AUGGCCAUCUCUGUUCCCAAAUCCUGUAGCCCGACGCGGCCGGCUUUUCUAGACGACAAAGACGACAAUCCGCCAAGGCAGAGCAUGUGGCACCGGUUGGGUUUGCGAAAAUUAUGGCAGGGCCGCGAUGAUCACCGAGACACGACUUCCGGGGAGAGUCAAGACGAAAUUUCUCCCCGCCCUUCUUCUGACAACUCGCGCGCUAAGCAAGACAACUUGACCCGUCGACUCUCGCGAAAAGUUGGCGUCGGUCUACCACGAACUACUCACUUUAAUCGGCAGAGCUCUGAUCUCGAGCGACUGACUCCUCGGGAACCAGAUAUCCGCCGUGCCCUCUCCGCCGACCGUCGCCCUUUAAGUUCCCCGAAAAGCAGGUCUCCACCACCAACCGUGGGCCCCAGAAAGUCCGCGCCCGAGGUUCAGUGGCUCGGCCCGACACCUACAACCACGGUCGAUGACGCCCCCGAACCAGAAUCCGAACCGAACGAUGCCCACGAGAUCAACGAUAUUUCUGAAAGCUCGAACCCCCAUUCCGAAAUAACGACGGAUAAUUUCGACGUAACGGAGGAUGAUGAUUACUCAAUGGAUUUGGAUAUGGAGCUGGAACAACGAUGGAUUUUGAACCUAAGCAUGCACUUCCGAGAUGGGUCGGAGCGGGAGAAAUUCUUCGUGACGUACGCAGAGACACCGAACCGAUGGCGCCGAGUGACGAUUUCCUGCGAUUAUCACGACGCACAACCGUAUUCACUAGAGCGGGAACUGAAGGAACUGCGGUACCAGCGCGACAAGUGUGCGCGGAUCUACGAAUCCAUUCGCGAGUCCCUUCUUGCGAUCCAAUUCUAUGAAGGUGUCACGAAUCUCAGGCUAGAGACGAGCGAUGGCCGCUUACACGUUCAUGUGACGGAGGACGUAAACGAAACAAUCCCAUACCCGCCCAUCUCCUGUAUCAGGCAUUUGGUCAACGCUCCUAUCAUCCCCGAAGACUCGUUGCACUUCGAAUCUCAUUUAUCCGGAUUUGUUUACAAAAUAAACAUGGAUGGGCGUUUCUAUAUCAAGAAAGAGAUACCUGGUCCCGAUACCGUGGACGAGUUCCUCUAUGAGAUUAACGCUUUGCAUGCGCUGAAAGACCGCCCAAGCGUGAUCCAGGUGGAAGGAAUCGUGGUAGAUGAAUGGCGAGGUGUCGUCAAGGGCUUGCUAAUUACCUAUGCAGAAAAGGGCGCACUGGUUGACAUUCUCUACGAGCAACGCGGAAGAACGAGCUUUGCACGACGCGAGCGAUGGGCAAAGCAGAUUGUCCAGGGCCUCUGCGAGAUUCACGAAUCGGGCUACGUGCAGGGCGAUUUCACACUCGCGAAUAUUGUGGUCGACGCAGACGACAAUGCCAAAAUUAUUGACAUCAACCGCAGAGGGUGCCCAGUGGGGUGGGAGCCCCCGGAAAUUGCCGCUAUGAUUGAAAGCAACCAGCGCAUCUCCAUGUACAUUGGAGUCAAAACUGAUCUCUUCCAACUGGGUAUGACGCUGUGGGCAUUGGCGAUGGAGGAGGACGAACCUGAACGACAACCGCGACCUCUUCGACUAGGCGAUGACGUGAAAAUUCCAGAAUAUUACCGACAGAUAGUGGCCAUCUGUUUAAGCCCGACUCCGCGACAUAGGCUCUCAGCGAAGGAUCUUCUCUCUAAGUUCCCCCCACUACCGGAGGCACGGGUAUCAACACCUAUUCAGUCACUGGAGACCAUUGCCAAUGAUUCUAGGCAUUUGCCAUUUAGCAACUGGGCUCUGCCUCAGCCUUCUGAACUUGGCCAGACAUUUCCAAAGGGUAUGAUGCAACAAGAUAACCACGAUUACCCUCAAAAGGAGUUUUCGGGAAAUUCCCAUGAUGAGAUGGCACACCCCAUUUUCUCUGAAAGCCACGACCUCGUCAAGCAAUCAACAAUAACUCUAGCAGAACUCAAUGGAGACAUGGGAUUCUCAUCUAAGCCAUCUUCUUCCUCUACUUUGAAUCACCACGAAUCUCACAACCAUUACGAGUACAUUGAGUUUCCCCGCCACUUUGAUGAUGGCUCGUCGCCCUACCACUCUGACAGUCAGAGACCGGAAGAUACUCUAGUUUCUCAGAUAAGAUCAAUGGGCAAUGGCUUUCACAGCCACACAUUGGAACCACCAGUUUUCUCGAAUAAAUCUAACUCUCUCGAAACUGCCCCCAUGAACAAUCAGCAAGAGACACCUGACCAACCGAUCUAUAACGAUUCCCGUGCUUUAGUCAGCACUGAAAUUACUGCGCCUCCACUCCCCGAGGUCAGCAUAUCUCUUGUUGAGUCACAGGAUCAGGAGGCUCUGAAUCGACCAUUUCCAAAGCCUGCCAACGACGAGGUUGACCUCGAAACCUCAGCUUUGCCCAUUAGCCCUACUUUUCGUGACUACGGUACAUCAAGUGACAACCAGGCCAUACAUUUUUCGACCGGUCCAUCUUCAAUUAAGCAUACAAAUCAGGAAGGCGAUCAGCCAUGUGCUAGGGCUACCACUGACAAGUGUGACCUUGAAUCCUCACAUUUGCCCCUCGGCCCUACUUUCCGUGAUCCUGCAAGUUUGAUCGGCCUUCAACAAAACGCCCCUAAAUUGGUGAAUUCCUCUCCCAAGGAACCCCCAAAGCAGAAGUGUGCCGAUUUGCCAUGCGCAAAAAUCGAAAUUAAACCUAAAUUUUCUGAGCCAUUGCCCACAUCAUCAUCUCUGUCCCUCUCGGAACUACCUAUCAACCCUACUUUCCGUUCUUCUGGAGCUUCUAUCGGUGCACUGGGUACCACUUCAUCGCCGAACUCUUUGCCUGUUCAACUGUCAACACAGAAUGGCGUGGAUCAGCCACGUACAGAUGCCACCACCUAUGUCAAGCCCACACUCACAACACCACAAGGCUCAAAAAAUUCCCAGCCUUUCCCGUCGUCGCCUAUCAAUCCAACCCUAGCUCGCUCUGGGCCUUCGCUCGAGCUUCCGAGCGCCCCUCGAGUAGUGGAAUCUUCUCCUAUUGAGCCACCAAAGCAGACUCAUCCAAGUUCACCAUACGCAAACACGGGCGUUAAACCUAAAUUUACUGAGCCAUCGCCCUCAACAUCUACUCUGGCCUCUUCCGAAUUGCCUAUCAACCCAACCUUCCGUUCUUCCGAGACCUCCAUCAACAUUUCAAGCGCCCCUUCAUCACAGGGUCCUUCUCCCAUUGAAACGCCAAAGCCAGAUCAUGCGGUAAUGCCACGUGAGAACGACAUCACACCCACUUCAUCGCCAAAAUCAUCUCGAUUUCCUUCAAUGCACAUCUCGAGCCUCCGUCACACCGGGGCUUCCAUCGGUUCUCUGGGUACGCCAUUUGCAGCAAGUCCGUCUGUUUUUAGAAUUGGACUGCUAAGACGGCCAUGGGAAAAACCGUCUGCAAAUUAUCCAGACCUGAAAUCCGCAUCGACAAUGUCACCAGGAUCAGCCUCAUCUAUCGGGAACUCUCAGACUUUAAGGAAGCCAGAGAAUGCCAUUUUGCCGGCCAAAACACACCCCAUAGAAUCGCAGAGGAAUGAACCUUGCGGCCAAUCCAGCUCAACGAUGGCCGGCAUCAACCAUACACAAGCAAAUCUACUAAACUCCAACUCGAGUUUGCUGCGUUCGAAGUUGCCCAUCAGCCCUGCUCAUUCAAAUUCGAAGGCUGGUUCCACUUAUGCCGAGGUUGAGAUGGCACGCGCUGUUCAGGGCCCACCUUCAAGUCAAGCUAAACCGAGCAUUUCACGGUUUUCUUCGAAUUGA